GGUCCCACGCGCCCCUCACACCGCACCUCCAGACCAUAGAGCUACACUGGGCCCCACGUCGGGCUGUUUUACCAGGGUGCCACCACGAGGAACGUUUAGCGAGGACGUAGAGCCGGUGUAAGCAGCCCGGAGCCGCAGGGGAUGGGACUCGCGCGGACCGGAAGUUCCGCGGCCCCGCCAACCCCAGGGUAGAAGUUAAGCACGCACACCGGAAGUGGCUGCUCAGCCAGUGCGAGGCCGCGCCCGCGGGGGUGAGCGUCCCUGGCAGUGGAGACAUGGAGCCCGGGACUGCCGAGCUUUACGACCAGGCCCUGCUGGGCAUCCUGCAGCACGUAGGCAACGUCCAAGAUUUCCUGCGCGUGCUUUUCGGCUUUCUCUACCGCAAGACCGACUUCUACCGCCUGCUGCGCCACCCGUCGGACCGCAUGGGCUUCCCGCCGGGGGCCGCGCAGGCCCUAGUGCUGCAGGUCUUUAAAACCUUUGAUCACAUGGCUCGUCAGGAUGAUGAAAAGAGGAGGAAAGAACUUGAAGAGAAGAUCAGAAGAAAGGAAGAGGAAGCCAAGGCUGUAGCAAUUGCUGCAGCUGACAAAGAACCAGUCCCAGCCCCAAUUCAGGAAAUAGAGAUUGACUCUGCCACAGAAUUGGGUGGGCUUCAGGAUGAGGAGAAAGUGGAGCCUCCAGUCCCACAGGGCCCCAAACAGGAGGUGGCCCAUAGCUUGGAGGAGGCAGAAGCUCCAGGGGCAGUCGUCACCGGUGCUGCUGAAGCCCUUCCACCAGCACUUCCCAGGGUUCAAGAGCAGUUCCAGAGAAACCCUGACAGUUACAACGGUGCCAUCCGUGAGAACUACACUUGGUCGCAGGACUACACUGACCUGGAAGUCAGAGUGCCAGUGCCCAAGCAUGUGAUGAAGGGAAAACAGGUCUCAGUGGCCCUCAGCAGUGGCUCUAUCCGUGUAGCUGUGUUGGAGGAAAAUGGGGAACGCGUCCUCAUGGAAGGGACUCUCACCCACAAAAUCAACACCGAGAGUUCCCUUUGGAGCCUGGAGCCAGGGAAGUGUGUUUUGGUGAGCUUGAGCAAGGUGGGUGAGUACUGGUGGAGUGCCAUCCUGGAGGGAGAAGAGCCCAUUGACAUCGACAAGAUCAACAAGGAGCGCUCCAUGGCCACUGUGGACGAAGAAGAGCAGGCAGUGCUGGACAGGCUUACCUUUGACUACCACCAGAAGCUGCAGGGCAAGCCACAGAGCCACGAGCUGAAAGUCCAUGAGAUGCUGAAGAAGGGGUGGGAUGCUGAAGGCUCUCCCUUCCGAGGCCAGCGAUUCGACCCAGCCAUGUUCAACAUCUCCCCGGGGGCUGUGCAGUUUUAAUGACCAGAAGGAAAGGAAACCCUCGCCAGCAGGGGGGCCGAGGCCUUGUCCUCAGCCAUCCCCCUCAGCACCCUGCAUGCCAGGGACUUGCUUGUCUCUCUUACCCCUGGCCAUCAUUUCUUGCCUUCCACACUGACCUUGCACCUCCAGAUGGUCCCAGAGAAGGUGCAGGGCCAGCUCUGGCAGCCACUGUGGCCAGCACUGAAGGAGGGUAUUUGAAAUGCAGGAGGGACACACCCCAACAUGCUGGGAGCACACGCUCUGUCUCCACAGCAACCAGCACUGCGGGCAGCAUUUCUCCCCUCCUGUGCUCUCUGCUUGCUGUUGUUUUGACACUAUUCUUUUUGCUUGCUUGUGUUCUGGGUAGGGGUGGGGAAUUGCAGGGCUCUCAGGGAAAAGCAGAAUUUGACAAACUGACCGGUGGGGCUCAGUGCCAGCAUGUGGGCACAUGGGGUACCGUGGAGCUGGUGCUGGGCUGCUGUGGGACCCUUGGCCUUUUGACCUCUUCCUGGGUGUGUUCACCUGCAUUAACUGUGCUCGACUUGCCUCAGCCUCAUAGCAGAAACUGGGGGGCCUGUUUGCAUGUUCUAGUUAUGGGGAAGAGGCUGGAGGGCCUAGCCUCAGGCCCAGGUGUGGCAGGUCUGUGUGCUGUCUGGCUGCAGUUGCUGUACUUUGCAUGUUGAAGUGGACUGAGCCUGGCCAACACUGCAUGGCACUCUUCUUGCUCCCUGUGAGACCUCCUCUUUGGGUGCCUGGCACAAAACCAUGGGCUGGAUCAAAGAGCCACAGAGACGCUCAGAGACCACAGUAUGUCUUGCAGCCCAUUGGAAGGCCAAGUUAGCCAUAGGUCCCUGGCAGCCUUCACAUUGGGGUGCCCUCAGGAGGAAAGAAUUUCUUCCUGGGCUUGAAGGUACACUGUCUCCCUUCACAUGAGCUCCUGGUGGCUGGCACCAGAUUGCUCCCCACAGCUUGCAGCCUGUCCCACCUGUUCUCUGGUGCCCCAGUAGCACUCCACUAAUCCCCCAUUAUUCCUCCCACCUUUUGAGGCCCUCAGCCAGAGCUGCUUACUGACACCAAACCAAGGUGUGGAGAUCUGAUAAAGGGACAGGGUUUAGGUGCCCUAGUGGGCUCACCCUGAGGAGUCCUAGUGCCACCAUCACUGGACAUUGCACACUGCCUGGGCAGCCUUGGCCACACAGCAGGGCUCUGUGCCCCGGCACCAUGUACAGGCGUGAAAGUCAAAGCUCUGCAAACCCCGAGAGUUUGGGGGAGCAGCCUAGGAGGGUGAAGUAGACAUCCUUCCACAGGUGUCCCAUCAACUGCAUAAACAUCUGGCUCAUUGCAGUCACCUGGGCAAAGAUUUCUGGUUUAUGGUGGUGGUGGACAGCCCUUGCAAGAGCUAUAUACUACCAGGUGUGUUCUGUGGGUCCAGGCAUGUCACUGAUUGUCAUAGAAGAGCAGAGGGCCACAAAUACCCCUCACCAAGCUGGUGAGGGCCCUAUGAACAUGUCUUAGCUUCAGGAACAGAAUUGUGUCACCCAAUAGUGGCCCCAAGGAGCCCUUUUUCUUUUCCUGAUGUUGCCAUCGAGAUCCUGAGAUUUUCCACAUCACUGCCUCACCUAACCAAAGGAGGUCUCAUGGGGAGUGUGUGUGUGUGUGUGUGUGUGUGUGUGUGUGUGUGUGUGUGUGUGUCCUCCUCCUGUAGUCCCCUAGCCCUACCCUGCAGGCGGUCUUCCAGAAGGACUGGUGAAGUGUGAGAGCUCUGCUUUUUGUUUGGCUUUGAGUCAUUCAUUCCCAUGCUGACUUCUCUUCCUUGUGCCUGGUAUUAUUUUCUGUGUUACAUUUCUUCCCACUUCCUGCCCUAUUAAACAAGAAAUGAGUGUGAAAGAAGAGUAGCUGGGAGGAGGACAUGGCAGGAGCGGCCACUGUGCUGUAUCGCAGUAUGUGGUAUGGUUGAGGGGUCCUGUGUGCCUCAGUCCUGGCAUGGCCUAGUUCCAACAAGCCCAGUUAAUGAUUCCCUGCCCUGGGACUGCCCGGCCACCAGAGCUGGCACACUGCCUGUUUUCUCUUUUUAGACACAGCAGCUGCAGUUUGGCCACUAAAUCCUGCCAGCUGAGGUCUGAGGAAAGUGGGGUGUCUCGUUCCCCUUGUCCAGGGACCCAGGAGAAUGGGGUGUCCAGCCUGCAAAGCUGCUUCAGCUCCUCAGUGUUGGUUUGCAAUAAAUCUGUAUUUAAGCA